CGUGCCGUCCCGCAGGGCGUUCCCAGCUCGGCGCUGCGGGAGAUCUGCCUGCUGAAGGAGCUGAAGCACAAAAACAUCGUCAGGCUGCACGACGUCCUGCACAGCGACAAGAAGCUGACGCUGGUCUUUGAGUUCUGCGACCAGGACCUCAAGAAGUAUUUCGACAGCUGUAACGGAGAUCUGGACCCUGAGAUCGUGAAGUCCUUCAUGUACCAGCUCCUGAAGGGCCUCGCGUUCUGCCACAGCCGCAACGUCCUGCACAGGGACCUGAAGCCGCAGAACCUCCUCAUUAACAGGAACGGGGAGCUGAAGCUGGCAGACUUCGGCCUGGCGCGGGCCUUCGGCAUCCCGGUGCGCUGCUACUCAGCAGAGGUCGUCACGCUGUGGUACCGACCCCCGGAUGUGCUGUUUGGUGCCAAGCUCUACUCCACCUCCAUCGACAUGUGGUCGGCCGGCUGCAUCUUUGCAGAGCUGGCCAACGCGGGGCGGCCGCUCUUCCCGGGGAACGACGUGGACGACCAGCUGAAGAGGAUCUUCAGAUAUCCUUUGGGACCCGGUGUUACUGGGGGGGGGUGAGGGCAGAGCCUUGGCGGGGCCCCGCGUGUCCCGCAGCUCCCCGUGGCCCUUGACAGCCCCGCACG